AUGUCUGGGUUUGAAAGCUUGGGAAUUACUCCCUCAUUGGCUCAUUGCUGCACAUCAUUACAAUGGAAAUCUCCUAUGCCGAUUCAGGCCUCAGCAAUUCCACCGGCGCUAAAAGGGAAUGAUAUAAUUGGGACGUCGGAGACGGGAUCUGGUAAAACGGGUGCAUUUCUUCUCCCCAUUCUUCAGAAUUGGUUGAGUUUGGGACGUCCUAAAGGUUUUGCCCUCAUUCUUGCCCCUACUCGUGAGUUGUCGCUACAAAUAGCUGAGACCGCCGAGGAUAUUAUGAGCAAUUUUAUGGAGGAUAGCGGACAGGAGAAAAAUCCACUUGUGGUAUUCCGUUUAAUUGGUGGAGAAAGUGCUGUUGAUCAGGCAAUUGCCCUUGCUUGGUGUAGGCAUCACUUUAUUGUUGCAACUCCUGGCCGGCUAGCGGAACAUAUCAAACAGUCUGACGGUUUUGCUCGUCAUCAUUUAUCGACAAUUAAGCACUUGGUUUUGGACGAAGCCGAUCGUAUGCUUAGUCUAGAAUUUGCCGAUGAUUUGGAUCUUCUGUUGAAUCUCUUUCAGCGUCCUGGUGUUGCUAAGGCAAGUAAGACCUUCCUUUCAAAACUUGCCAAUGUGUUAGCAGAAACAAAUCCGGAAGAAAAGGAGAAGGAACCUACAAUCGGAAUGAAGAAUACUAAGUUCCCUCAUCCACAAACCUAUCUCUUUACCGCAACAAUGAGCAAAGAUAUUCGAAACCUCCGUCGUGUGGCGUUGCGCAAAGAUGCCGUUCUUUGUAGUGCCAGUAUGGCUACUUCCAUGAACGAUCAUUCAAGUUCCAACAAGCCGCAGUCAAUAAAUGUCGAUUUGCCCGCUGGUCUGAGCCAUUAUUGUCUUCCCGUCCGCAGAUCUGACAAAUUGGCAGUACUCGAUUGGAUUCUGGAAAGCACCAAAGGGGAAGUCGAUAAUCAGACUAUUGUCUUCUGUUCUCGUUGCCAUGAGGCUAAAUUUGUAGCUGGCUGUCUGAUGGAGCGAGGUUAUCGUGCUCUAGCGUUAACAGGAAGAAUGAAACAACCUGUACGAAAACGUGUUCUGGCAGAAUUUGUGGCUGGUAAAGUGAAUGUCUUAGUGGCAACAGAUGUGGCCGGACGUGGGUUGGAUCUGCCAUUAGUGUCCUUGGUAGUAAAUUACGGCGUUCCUCUAACGGUGAAGUCCUAUCGUCAUCGUGUUGGUCGUACUGCUCGGGCUGGUCGUAGCGGUACCGCUGUUACCAUAGUAACGAGAGAUGAUGGCAAGGAAUAUUUGGAAUUAGAAUCAAAGCUCUUGCCUCCCUUACCAGGUAGCGAAGAACGUCGCUCUCUUUCGCGCUGGCCACAUCCGAUUCCUCCAGAGAAGUCGAAGAAGUCUAAAGGAGGCGAGAUUGUGGGUAUGGAGAAGAGGAGACGUCUGGUUGGCGAGGCUUGGACACGGGCAGCUAAGGUGAUGCGUGAAGAAGCAGCUAAAAAAGCUAUGGAACGUCACGCAGAGGGAAAUUCCUCUGAUUCCUCUGAAGCUGAGAUCGACGGUAUUGUCAAUGAUGAUUUCGAUGACCUUGAAACGGAAGAUCUGUCAAAGCAGCAUUGGGCCAGUGGUGCUGCUGGUAUAGCAGCCUAUCGUGAGGCGAAGAGGCGAAUGAAACUUCAGAAAAUGGCCAAAUUGAGAGACAGAGAGUCUGAUGGUGAAGGUGCAGAAGAUGGCUAUGAAGAAAAGAUGUCGGAUGAUAGUGAAGACGAUGAAGAGAGAGGAAAUCUUCGAUUUGAUCAGCCGAUCAAAGAGCGGCGGGCCAAAAAGAGGAAAGCCAUGGUGGCUUCUGUUAAAGACAAGAAAAAGAAACAAAUGUCUGGAGCGUUCUGA